ACAAAAUGAAAACUGCAUGUCUACUUGUUUUCAGGUGACAGAGUGGUGGUCAUGUCUACAGACUAUGAUUGGAGACAGGCGGAGGAAUUCACGCUGCUUCCUUGUCCCGAAUGCGCUAAUAACGAAAUUAAGCUCGAUCAUGAGGCGGAAUAUAUGCAUUAUGGGCAGAUAACUUUCGGUGUCGAUGAGCGUGCCGAGGUGGCGCUGUUAACGAGGAAUAUCCUGGUAAAGGGAACACUGGAGAAGGAGUGUUAUGUAACCGACAAUGACCCAAAGGACGCCGAACUGUGCGGUUUCUUCAACGAAGACACGUUUGGAGGACAUUUCAAGGUGGUGCGAGGGUUCCAGUCUGUUCACGUUGAAGGGUGUGAAUUUACACAGAUGGGACAACAGCGAUUUGUAGGCAAGUUACAAAGGUCGUACCCCAUCCACUUCCACAUGUGUGACGACGUUGACGGCGCUUGGGUGAAGAACAACGCCAUACACGACUGCAAAGCUCGAUUUUUAACAAUCCAUGGCACCGACGGAUUACAGGUCAUGAACAACGUUGGCUACAAAACCCUGGGUCACGGAUUUUUCCUGGAAGACAGCGUGGAACAGAGAAAUAUCCUAGAUGGAAAUUUGGGAGGUGGUGUCUCGCAUGGCUCUCACAUCAUGUCUGAUAUGAAGAAAAGCUUUUGCGCAAAGAGUAUUUCAGUGUUUUGCGAUGCUUUGUCCGUGUUCUGGCUCACACACCCCAACAACAAGAUCAGGAACAACGUGGCCGCCGGGUCAGACAAUGCUGGUUUUUGGUAUAUCACAGCAAAGAAGCCGUUGAGUCAUUCCAUAUUACGGCAGGAGACCAGAGGAACUGUUCCACCAAUGCAAGCGUUCUACUCGAAGAUCGAUGAGUUUACCAACAACGUGGCCCAUUCGUGCGCUGGACGAGGUUUACGAGUCGAUGCCAGAAUAUCUAAUGGUGAAGAAAGCAUGGAUGUGUUUGUACCUGAAAAUGGCGUCAUUGGUGCGACGUCAUCGCAUUUCCCACACGACCCGCCCACUAAAGAUGGAAACCUCGUCGUGUCCAUUAUGGAUGGGUACGUGGGAAAAUGGUUGUAG